AUGUGCAAAAACGUUGAUGACGACACCAGCGCCGAGUCAUCGAGUUUUUGCCGUCCAGGUACCUUUUCUCCCAUAGAGAUAUAGUCCGAUCUCUCGUUGUAAUAUUCAGUUGAUUCAGUUGUGAACAACGCCUUCUGCGAACGCGAGGGACCUUCUAAACCUUCCGAUUUCAUAGAAUUUGACAAAGAAAUAGUUUUCCCCUCCAUUCAGGUAUGGGGUACGUUAAGUCGAACCCGAUUUCAUUAUGCCGUGUUCACAGUUCACAGCAUGAAAUGCAAAAUUAUCUCUUUAUUUUCAAAAUGUUGUUAUCCUUUUUACUUUCUGACGACUGCUUUUAAAUUGCAAUUUCACGUUUAAAACGGCAUAAUAUUUGAUAAAAUGUUGUGGAUGUUUUUUUAUUCAAAGAAGUCAUCUGCAAUAUUCUGGAAUUUGCAUAUAGAUAAUAUUCAGUUGUAUGAUGAGGACGGUGUAGAUGUUUUUUUUGACUUUCUCCACAGCUUUUAUGAUAAAUGUGGAAACACGUCAGUCGACUUUCCUCAAUCUUGGAAGCCGUUCUCUCGAGGUAAGCAGCUUUGCCAAAAAACUAAUAAUUAAUUUUAUCUUAAAGCUUUGAACGCCUUGGAAUGGGAAUGGAAAUCAUUAAAUAAAGAGCCCGUGGCACGAAUAAUACAACUCAAAUACAAAGAGUUUCUUUUUCGUGUGGGAACUUUAUCUGGGCUUGCUUCUUCUAAUGUGAGUCCGGUAAAUUUACCUUGACCGAAAUUUUGAUUUUUUUGCAGACCUGUCUGUUUCACGUUGCAUUGGACUCUUGGAAAUUGGGUUGUUUCAUGUUUGACGAAGGUUUUGUUCAACUUCCUCUCUUGUCUCGAAAAAAAAAAGAAAAUUUAGAUAAGCCCGAUCCAAAUGUAAUGAAAAAAGAUUUACCGCGUGUUAUAAUUGUUGAUGGAAUGGUUUCAUCCUUCAAAAAAAGCUCUAACGUAGUUUAAUCUAUUUUGUAUGAAUUGAUAUCCGUUUUAAGGUUUUCAACUGCGGCUGCGUUCAGAGAGUGAUAUGGGACCUUUAUAAUGUCGACAAAGGAAACACGUUUUGUCACGAUAUCUACACAUUGUUCAAGUUGGCAACCACCAAAACUUAUAUCUCAGUUGAUUUUCCAAGUCUUCAAACCUCUAAGGAACCGUUUACUUUGGAAUAAUUUUCAGUUUUCUAUCAAUCGACGCCUUCUUCCGACUCGAUCUCAUAUAUUUCAUUUUUCAUCAAGUUUAUGAAUGUUCUUUUCCCGCCGGAAAACACUGGUUUCUUUGACUGUUUUAUUCAUUUAUUGGGAAAGACAGGCUGUGAGGAUCAACUUUUGUCUCAAAGAUUCUCUCAAAUUUUGACGAUGUUGGGAGAUUUACCUCUCGAUUAUUUCUCAUCAGCGUGUUUGCUUGUUGAUGAGUUCAUGGCGGAAAGAAAAAUCGGGUCUUGGGACAAACGAAGACGGUUUGAUUCUAUCUUUUUUUUUUUUGUCAAAAUUCAUUUUACAGAAAAGCGCUUACCGAUAUAAUGAAACGAAUUUUCGAAAGUUACGAGGAGAGAGUUUGUGACAAAUUAGUGAGUUUCAAGUUGAUUAUUAGUUUCGCAAGUCCAUUUGAAGGUCACUUUGGCUUCGUUGGAAACAUCUCUUUGGAAAAAUGCUAUUGCUCAAGGUUUUCCUGACUCACAUGUAGAUUUAGCUCCUCUGCAACUUCUUUUUAGGAUAAUUUCACGUUUGAUAGCUGUAAGUAUAAACAUGAUUUUUUUUUUUGAAGAUCCAGAUGCUUGGGAAAUCGUGAGAGGAAGUGUUGUCAGACAGGUUUCGGCAAAAACCCAAAAAUUAAUUGGCGACGAAAUCGAAACCUUUUUUUCUUUGGUUCUACUCAUUCAUUUCCGAGUCGAUGGUAAGUUAAAAUUUUUGCUUCGAGCUAAAUUCAGUUUUUCUCCCCCAAGGUCUGUAUAAGAAUAUUAUCUAGGCAACGAUAUUCACGUACAUGAUAACCAUUUUCGUGGGGAACUUCAACCCAAAGAUAGAAUUUAAUAUAAUGUUGUUCUUUUUUUUUCAGAUGCAGAUAUUCGAAAGCUGGUUUUUUCAUACAUUGAACGAAAUUUUCAUUCUGCGACGGUCCAACAGAAGGCUAGUAAUUAAAAGGGGAUUGAAUAAGUUCAGUUUUUAGAAGUUCAUGCUGAAAAUUCUCACAACAUUCGAUUUCGUCGAAAAUCCUAAGUGGGGAAAAGACGUUGCGCUUUUGAAAUCUAAAGGUUUUAUCCAACAAGUCUCAAGUUCUAAUUCAUACCAGUUAUGAGCGAUAUGAGUUUGGAGAAGCCCGAAGAAGUUUCGAUGUUCAUCGAAAAUGUGAGCUCUCUUCCGGAGUGUGUCCUGAGCGGAUUCAAUAUGAGCCGCGUGGUUUCUUCCUUGGAUUGCAAUGCAAAACUGUGUCUCUUCAAUCGGUUGACAUGCAAAGAUUUUGAAAUAAAGUCGAGCGAAUUGUGGGAGGAAGCACUCAAGAUGGAGGAAGAUGACCGGGCAGUAUGUUAUUUGAAAAUGCAGGUUUUUUGCCUUUCUUUUUCUUUCCAAAAUUAAUUUUAAGCUUAGGAUUGGACUCUCAAAAGGCUCACCUUGUGCUCGUGGACUCGUCGGCAGGAUUUUCACCCAUUUUCGAAAAGAAAAGUCAGUUCAUUCUAGGCUGAUCACAGUUUUCAGCGAUCAAGCGUGGUCUUCCAAAGAAUAUGAUUGAAAAUAUCGAACAUUUCUUGUUUUGUUUGGGAUCAAUCUUUGUAUUUUUUCCGUUUGAAGCCAUAGGUUGUCAAUAAUUACAGAGUUUUGCCGCGCUCGAAUAUCCUACUGGCUUUCUGUGAAGAAGUCAUAUCUUCAAGCAAAAACUGUGCGGCGGAUGUUUGUGAUCUCUCUUUCCUUGUUCAUCUCUGGAUAGUCGCCGUCUGUAACUAUUCCGACUCUCACAGUUAGUCAAAACCCACUAUUUUCUAGAGUGUCUUUUUUUUUGAAGACCGUAAGGUGCAACAGAUUUCGAUAUCCGUGUGGGAACUUGUGCGCAAGUGGGCUUCAUUUUCCGUUGAUUUAAAAAAAGACCUCGAAUUUGAUGAUUCGAUAACAACGCCGACAUCUGUAGAUUAUUUGGAGCAUUUUUUCAAGGUUUUUUGAGAAUAGGAAAAAUUUUGACUUAUGAACGUCAUGUUUUCAGAGAUCCAAAAACCUUGGGAAAAUUAAAAAAGUUUUGGACGUCCGGUGUUGGAUGAAUGACACACUUCCGUUUCAUAUCUCCAUCAUGUUGAAAAGCGGCGAUGAUCGGGUCAAGGUAGGGUGUUUCUAGUGAACUCGAAUCUCCCUAUUCCAGGAGAGGACCUUGAGAGUCGUCACCUCGUUGUUAUACGAGAUGGGAGACUGUCUUUCGGAAAUGGUGGCUUCGUCGAAAAGUUACAGCCGCUCCACGUUCAUCGUGCUCGUCACGGCUAUUUUCAAUCACUUCAAAACCAUCUUGGAAGAUCCUCAUAAAAAGGCAGCCGUCACCGAAAAUUCGCUUCUUUUUGAUCAAAUCCAUCGGACUGUCGCUUCAUUGGCCAGCAUUCUGGAGACCUCCGUCGAACCUUUCGUCGACGCUCGGCUCAAAUCUGUUCUCAAAUGUGCCGCGGACAACAACGAGCUUCUUCAAAUGAUCGCUUUAACACUUCGUCAAUCCUCCUGCCCUGUAAGUUCUUUUUUUUCGCUUCUGAAAUUUUCAUUCAGUUCUUUAUUAACAAAAUUUUUUUAUGAAACUUCUAGAUAAAAAAACGCUUUCAUAAUUUUUUUCGAUAAUUUUGCCGGUACAGAAUAUUAUCAAAAAGUUAGCCUCUUGUCUUUCAACCCACAAAAUCAUCAUUGAAAAAGUUUUGAUUUUGUGAUAUCAGAAAAAAUUUUUGAUUGAAGCGUGACAUAAUGUGUAAAACUUCCGAGGGCAGCCAACAUAGCUUUCGAGAUUUAUUUCAAAAAAAAAAUCAAAAAUUAGUGAAAUUGAAAAACUUCUUUUUAUUCUUAACAAAUGUAGUUAAAUCGAAAAACGUAAAAAGGAAACUUAUCAUACGCAGUUAUUCGUGCUCUAUGGACAACUAUUUCAACACUUUCUUUUAAAUUCGCUAAAACUCAAGGAAAUCAACAAACAAGUCUCUGCUAUUUGUUAUUUAUACUUGAAACGUUUCAUCACAUGAUUUCACUUUUUUUUUUAUCAUUAGAGCGUAUUGACUUCUUUCUGAGUAUCUUUUCGUUUCCUCCACGUCGUGGUUACUUAAUUUGACUUUUUAAGAUUUUAAAGACAGGUAUUUUAUUCCAACUUCUUUAAUUUUUCAGAAACGAUCAAGAAAACUUGGAAUGUGGAGUGAACUGCAAGAUUUGUGA